AUACCCUCUUUCAACCUUUCAGCCCAUCCACCUCGCCGCUUCCUUUCUCCGCGCAGCCAUGAGGACCACUGUGGUCGCCGUUGUCAUGGUGAUCUUCUGUGUGAUGAUGGCGGAUGCAGACCUGAAGCCUCAGAGGGAUUUCAACCUACAGAGGUUUGCAGGGAAAUGGUACCGGGUGGGCCUGGCCUAUGACUCUGCAUCGUUUGUCCCCUUCAGAGACAAACUGAAGGCCUCCAUGGGCGUUGUUACAGCACUGCCAAACGGCGACGUUAACCUCACAAUGUGGGACGCCACACCUUUAGGUUGUCAGGUUAUGGUGUACAACUAUGAGAAGACCAACGUACCUGGACAGUUCACCUACUUCAGCACACGCCAUAACAUGGUGAAGGACAUCACAGUGAUGGACACAAACUACACUGACUACGCUGUGGUUCUCAAACACAAGGUUUUCAACAGAGAUUACACACAGGUGGCUCUUUAUGGUCGCACUCAAACGGUCAGAAUUGAUGCUAUUAACAAGUUUAAAGCCUUUGCCUUGUCCCUGGGUUUCUCCAGAGGUUCUAUUCUGAGUCCACCUCCAGCAGAAAAUUGCCCACCAUCAAGAUCUGGUUAGGUUCCCUGAUGUGCCUGAGAUGUUUAUUUUAGAAGUUUGAAUAGAAGAUUAUUUUCGUAGCUCUGCUGUGCUGACAUAGUUAAAUAAACAAUAUUAACCUCCA